AUGGGCACCCUCUUAGAUUUCAUCCUGACCAAGCUGCCCUCUAAAUACACCUCUGCUGUCUUCAACUAUAAGCUUGAGAACGGAGGAGACGUGUACCAAAGGAGGAAAGGCCCCUAUGCCGAUGCUGGCUCUUCAGACUCCGAGGGACAGGAAGUGGGCAGUCGGCAACAGGAUGGGGCAGGGCAAACAGGAAGCAGCUGGAGGCGCAUCGUCCUCCUGAUCCUGGCCAUCACCAUCCACAACAUCCCAGAGGGCCUUGCUGUUGGUGUAUGGUUCGGAGCCAUAGGAAAGACCUCAUCGGCCACGUUCGAGAGUGCCAGAAACUUGGCCAUUGGCAUAGGUAUCCAGAAUAUCCCAGAGGGCCUUGCGGUGAGCCUCCCUCUGCGAGGCGCAGGGAUGUCCACGUGGAAAGCCUUCUGGUAUGGACAGCUCAGUGGUAUGGUAGAACCAAUCGCCGGGUUGCUAGGCGCCGUUGCCGUGGUGCUGGCGGAACCACUGUUGCCAUACGCCCUGACCUUUGCUUCCGGGGCCAUGGUGUAUGUGGUGGUUGAUGACAUCAUCCCAGAGGCUCAACUCAGUGGGAACGGUAAGUUGGCUUCCUGGACCUCCAUCCUGGGCUUUGUAGUGAUGAUGUCACUGGACGUUUCAGCCUGUGCAGCGGUGGAGGGAGAGGCUGAGGAACGCCGGAGGAAUGUUGCUGUGUUACCGGAGAGGCAGACUGACUGA